GCCAAAAAAAUAAUCACAUGAAAAGUUAAUAUACAGACUAAUAAACUAAUAGAUUUUAACAUGUUUUUUUAAUAUAUAUCUAAAUUUAAAACAAAAAAUCGCUUAAUUAAUUAACAGUAUAAUAAUAGCCAAUCAUUCAUUGAAGGGAUUCAGCUGUUGAAGUAUGUGAUGUGGGGAAGACUCAGCAAUCAUUGGCGGCUUCACUAUCGCAGAAGAAAGUGUUGGCCAAAUACCUUAUUGCCCUUUCAAUACUACACUAACCCUGCACUGCACUGAGUCAUUGGCACAAGCUAGCAGCAGCACUUGAAUCCAUACCAUGGCAUUAGAAUUUGUUGGUAGUGCUCUUCUUUCUGCUUUUCUUCAGGUUGCAUUCGAGAAGCUAGCUUCUCCUCAAAUUCUCGAUUUCUUUCGUGCAAGAAAGCUUGACGAGAAGCUGCUGAACAAGUUGGAAACCAACCUGCACUCUAUCCAUUCUCUUGCUGAUGAUGCAGAGCGAAAGCAGUUCACAGAUCCACAUGUCAGAAACUGGCUGCUUAAGGUCAAAGAUGCUGUCCUUGAUGCAGAGGAUCUCUUGGAUGAUUUACAAAAUCUCUCCAAAAGCCAAGUGGAUGUUGAAUCUGAAUCUCAAACCUUUGCAUACUGUGCCCUAUUUCCCAAGGAUUAUAAGUUUGAAAAGGAGUGUUUGAUUCAGCUGUGGAUGACUGAAAAUUUGCUACAUUGUCAACACAGCAGAACUCCGGAAGAAGUUGGCCAACAAUACUUUAAUGAUUUACUAUCAAGGUCCUUCUUCCAACAAUUAGCUAGAAACGAAGAAGUAUUUGUUAUGCAUGACCUUCUAAACGAUUUGGCAAAAUAUGUUGGUGGAGGCAUAUAUUUCAUGUGGGAAUUUGAUAAAACAGAGAAGAUACAAAAAGUAACACGUCAUUUUUCAGUUGAACUUGGAUACAAACAACAUUUUGAUGGGUUUGGAAAGUUAUGUAAUACAGAAAAGUUACGUACAUUUAUUAUGCCAAAAGGUAGAGAGCUACCCGACUCUAUCGGCAAUCUUGAGCAUCUCCGAUCAUUAGACCUCUCCUAUACACCAAUAAAAAAAUUAACUGAAACGAUAUGUUCACUCUCCCACUUGCAAAUACUGAAGUUGAACUAUUGUAGAGAUUUGGAGGAGUUACCCUCAGAUUUGCAUUUACUCACAAAUUUGUGUCGACUUGAAUUUAUGAAGACUAAAGUGCGAAAAGUGCCACUGCAUUUGGGAAAACUGAAGAGUCUUAAAGUAAUGAUGAGUCCCUUUAUUGUUGGCCAUAGCAAGGAGUUCGGUAUUCACCGACUAGGAGAGCUAAAUCUUGAUGGAAGUCUAUCAAUUGAGGAGCUGCAGAAUAUUGAGAACUCUCUGGAUGCAUUAGAGGCAGAUUUGAAGAAUAAAACAAACCUUGUGAAGCUAAAGUUGCGAUGGGACUCGAGGAGGAAUGGGAACUCUAUUGAUUCAAAAAAGGAAGAGAAUGUAAUUGAGAAUCUGCAACCUUCCAAAAACUUAAAGGAGUUGUCGAUCUUUAGCUAUGGUGGCAAACAACUUCCAAAUUGGUUACUAGAAAAUUCGUUGAGGAAUAUGAUGUCCUUAGUGUUGGAGGAAUGUGAAUCUUGCCAACGUUUACCUCCCCUUGGACUUUUGCCAUUUCUCAAGGACUUGAGGAUUGCAAGAAUUGAUGGGAUAGUGAGUAUUGAUGCUGAUUUUCAUGGUAACAACUCCUCUUCAUUUAAAUCCCUUGAAACAUUGGAGUUCUCCUCUAUGAAACAAUGGGAAAAAUGGGAAUGCCAAGUUGUGAAAGGUGUUUUUCCAAAUCUUCAAAGACUUUAUAUAAAUGAUUGUCCCAAGCUGAAAGGAGAGCUCCCAGAGCAACUUUUUCCUUUGGAAAUACUAGACAUUAGAGACUGCCAACAACUUGAUGCUUCCGCUCCCAGAGCUGUAGUAUUACGAAUAAAAGACUAUGGAAAGCUGAAAAUUAACGGGGCUACUUUGACAGAGCUCAGCAUCGGCGGACACAACAAGGAAGUAUGGUUCAUGGAAAUGGUUGGGCACAUUGUUUCUUGCUCAUUUGAUUUGUGUAACGCUUGCCAAAUCAGUGAUGACUCUGUCUCUCUAUGGACCUUUCCAUUACAUUUCUUCCCGACACUCACGAUGCUUAGUCUCAAAGGAUUUAGUAAUUUACACAUGAUUUCACAUGAUCAAGCUCAUAAUCAUCUCCAAUAUCUGACAAUCAGGGACUGCCCAAAAUUUGAAUCAUUGCCUGCAAACAUGCAUAUGCUGCUUCCAUCUCUCACUAUGCUUAGCAUAAAAGAUUGUCCAAGACUUGAGUCCUUCCCUGAUGGAGGUUUGCCACCAAAUCUAUGUGAAAUGAGACUCAUGAAUUGCUCCAGACUUAUUGGCUUAUUGAAAGGUGCUUUGGGAGACAAUCCUUCUUUGAAAAACUUGUGGAUUGAAAAUGUGGAUGCAGAAUGUUUUCCUGAUGAAGGUUUGCUUCCUUUUUCUCUAACUUCUCUAAUCAUUACUUAUAGUCCAAAUCUAAUACAAUUGGACUACAAGGGCCUCUAUCAACUCUCAUCUCUCGAAACACUGACCCUUUACUCCUGCCCCAACCUCCGACGCUUACCAAAGGAGGGCCUUCCCAAAUCAGUUUCAUGUCUUGAAAUCGAUGAUUGUCCUUUGCUUGAACAACGUUGCAAGACUGGGAGAAGAUUGCUCACAUUCAAAAAUUGUACAUAUUGCAGUGAUGAUGUUUCUUAAGACUUAUGAUGAAACUUCUACAUAUACAUGCUUGCAUUAGGACAUUACUAAAUAAUUUGUAUGUGUAUAUAUGUUCUUAUAUAUGACCUUGAGUUCUUUA